UUCAGGUCUACGUUUUCGUGGUGUAAUUUCUGUAAACAAAGCGCUACGGCGAAUGGAAUUAUGUCACUGCGGAAAUUUAUGCAUCCGAGAAAUAAAUAUAAAGUUGAACCCAAUUUCAAGGAAUUGGGGGAAAUUUACCCCGAGUUCAAACAACAUUUGGUUACCGACAUUACAGGAAAACUCAAAUUCAACUUUAAAAACCCGGAGAGCCUCCGAGUUCUCACCGAAGUACUCCUCAAGCACGACUUUGGUCUCUCUGUAGAAAUUCCAACAUCGAGACUUGUACCAGCCCUUCCUCUGCGGCUUAAUUACAUUUUAUGGAUCGAGGAUCUCCUAAAUCACUCAAAAAUCUCCGAAGUCCAUGGACUAGACGUCGGCACCGGAGCCAUCGCUAUCUACCCCCUCCUCUGCGCCAAAAUCCUCUGUUGGAAAAUGACAGGAGUAGAUAUCGAUCCUUCUAGCAUCACCUCUGCCCUUUCUACCGUAAAACGAAACCAUCUGGACAAUCUAAUUCAAAUAUUUCCCACAGAACAAUCCACCAUUUUCAAAAAAGCCAUGGACUGUGGAAAUACUUACGACUUUUCCAUGUGCAAUCCGCCAUUUUUCGACGCCGACAAAAUGGACGAUCGACGAUUCAAGAAAAUGGCGCCAAGAAACGCAACGACCGGAAGUCAAGGAGAAUUGGCGACUGAAGGCGGGGAGAAGAGUUUUGUUUUGAAAAUGAUAGACGAGAGUUUCGAAGUAAAAGAUAAUGUCAAAAUUUACACAACGAUGAUUGGACAUAAAUCGAGUUUGGGAUUUUUGAAGAGAGAAUUCAGGGAAAGAGGCAUUCAAAAUUUUACGUGGACUGAAUUUUGUCAGGGGCACACGAAACGAUGGGGAAUGGCCUGGAGCUUUCUAGAUGAGGGAAUCGUGAAUUUGAAAAGCGCUCCUUUUAUCAGAACGCGGACUGAAGUGAGGAGAGAGGCAGAGGGGGGGACUUUUGGUGUUGAAAUCGAAUUUCCGAGGGAGGGAGAAUAUUUGGAGGGCGUUUCCAACGUUGUGGAGAGGAUCAAGGGAUUCAUAGAGGAGUUACAUAUUGAAAUCGAGGAAUUGAAUCUAGAAGACGAAGAUUUGGAUAUAUGGACUUGUCAAUUCCGUGCAACUGAGGAUUCCUGGUCCCAUGCGAGAAGAAAACGUCGAUUGGCACUCAGACUGGAGCAAGAGUGUAAAGCCCGUCCGGAAGCUUCCGAUACUCCAUCAAGACUCACAGAUAAUUCCGUGAACCCCCCGGAUCACUCGAGAUCCAGGGAAUUAUUUCUAGAAGCCACUCUGGCUAUCGGGGAAGUGUCUGAACCAGUGGAGGACUCAGAAGUCCCAGAAAACUCAUCACAAUCACCUCAUCAUCAAAAAAUCAAGAUCUCCAUGAUUUUGCAAGGUGGAACUGGUGGAAAAAUUGCUUUAGAAACGUUCCGACAAUUUUUGAUCAAUAAAUUGGGGGUGAGAGAUUUCUUUCACUCAAAAUCUACAUCGAAAACUUCUAACAAAAGAAGAAAAAGGAAGAGACAUUCUGGAGAAAUUGAGACCAAUAAAUAAAAAAGAAUGUAGUGUAAAAGUUUAUGGGCAUUUUAUGAAUUUCCGUUUAUAUUUUUUCCCUAUAUUCAAUUAUAGUUUUCCCUUCUUCAUUAUUAUGAUGAUUGGUAUCAUUAUUGUUAUUUGUUAUUUAUAUUCAUUUGUUGGGGGCCACUGGUCGAUUUGAAGAUCAAAAUUUACUCAGUCCGAAUUUUUA